GACAGCUUUUUUGAUGUCGUUCAUCCACGGGGCCCCGACACGAAGACGAGAAAGCGGAGUUAUAUAUAGAGUGAGCAAAAUGGCAAGGACAUCAAGAUCAACAACAUAAGCGUACGAGCGCGAGAUCGAGGGCCGUCUCAACAUGGACGAGUGCUCGGGAGCGGCGAAGACCCAACAACAAUGCAUAAGUCCUGAAAAGGAGACUGCUCUUCCCGCUCCCCUUGCCGAAGUCCAAGCCUUGACAAAUCUCACCGAGGGAUGGCUAACAUUUGCAGUGCGAUGGAUGGAGAUCUCGGAAAAACUGAUAACCCUCGCAGAUCACGUCGCGUUUUCUCUUGCAACAAGAAGCCUUCCUGAGACUUCUGCUAUCCCCGGUUCGAGAGUACAAAGCGCCAUAACAAAUUCGCGACUUGAGAUAAAGCGCAAGCGUAGUGCCAAAGAAGAGAAGCCCGAAGCCUCCGUCAUGACAGCUGCACCAGUGAGGAGGAGGAGCGGGGGAACCUUAAAUACUUUCUCUUCUCAAAGCAGUGGAUACAAGAGGAAGAAGGCUGCGGUCUUCAGAGGCAGUUCCUGGUCAUCAUCCGUUUCCUCCGCAAAGCCAAGAAAGAAAAGACGCUGUGGCACUUGUCGCGCUUCAACGACCGGAAGUGCCACAGGGACAACUAGAAGGUCCAGGACGAAAAGGGCAACGGUUGCGAAGACCCGAAAAAAGAAAGCCUAGACACAAAAGCUUCAGGACUAGCGGGACAUCGCCAAAAAUGCCCAAGAAGACGAGAGGAAGCUGAGCCAUUCAGAACUAAAAAAAAAUUGAAAGCGGCUGAUGAGUAUGGUUUGAAGAUUUCUGCAACAAAAAGGGACCUUCGCCAGGGGCAAUAACACUUGUGCAAGGCCCUCAG